CAAAAUCUAGUGUGGUCUACAGACCUUGUCCGGAACAAAGGUCACCCUAGCAUUAGGUCGUCGUUCUUCUUCCCUCUCCCUCCCUCCCUAGGUUUCUCACUCAAAAUCUCAACGUAGAAGAAGAAGAAUUUUCCACAUAAGGAAUCCGAGUCGGACCGAUUUCAAUUUCAACAAGCUCGCUCCUCCCCUCCUCAUUGCUAAUUGUGCAGGCGCGCUUGAUAGGAAAUGGAAGAGACUUCGAGUGGCAAUCCAAGUUUGGAGAUUGUUGUUAGUCAAGAAAAUGAUGGAAAUGAAGCUAUAAUUGAUGAGAAUGACUCAACGAAGAAGAAUAAAGAGGCUGAAAUAGACAAUGUGGGGAAUAAAGAACUGGAGGAACCGAAAGUUGGGAUGCUUUUUGGUACUGCUGAUGAAGUGCUCGAGUAUUAUAAAAACUAUGCUAAGCAAUUAGGAUUCCCUGUGAAAAAGAGAUCGUCUACAAAGGAUGAUGAUGGGGUUUUGAGAUAUGUAACUCUUGCAUGUGCUCGAUCAGGAACAUCAAGAAGUAAUUCAGCAAGUAAGGGUUUGAGACCGCCUCAAAGUAUUAAAACGAACUGCAAGGCUCUUCUUAGUGCAUGUAUUAGUCUUGAUGGAAGGUGGAGAGUUAGUAGUGUCAGGCUUGUACACAACCAUGAGUUGAGUCCAGAUAAAGUUUGUUUUUUCCGAUGUAAGCGGGUAUUAAACUCCCAUGGAAAAAGGAAGCUUGAUUUAAAUGAUAAAGUUGGUGUCAAAAAAGAUAAGAAUAGUAGUUCACUGGUUGAAGUUGGAGGAAGUGAGAAUACCUCAAUAUUAUUGGGUAAAGAUGGUAGAAAUUAUUCCGAGAAAGCGAGCCAGUUACAACUAGAGGAAGGGGAUGCUACCUUAAUUCUAGAUUAUUUGAUGAAAAUGAAAUCUCAGGAUGCAAAUUUUUUUUAUGCAAUUGAUUUGGAUAAGCAGGGUAGGCUUCGGAAUGUGUUUUGGGCAGAUGCCAGGAGUAGAUCAUCAUAUGAGGAAUUUGGUGAUGUUAUCAAGUUUGACACUACCUAUUUGGCGAAUAGAUAUGUCAUCCCUUUUACUCCAUUUGUGGGGGUCAAUCAUCACGGGCAACCUAUUUUGUUUGGAUGUGCAUUGGUUUCAAGUGAAGAUACCGAAACAUUUAUAUGGCUGUUUCAAACUUGGCUUGCAUGUAUGUCUGGGCGUGCUCCAAGUGGGAUAAUAACUAUUCUGGACAGAGCUAUGGAAACAGCUAUUGAAAAUGUCUUUCCUAAUAUUCAACAUCGUUGGUGCUUGUUGCAUAUAAUGAAAAUUCUGCCUGUAAAGCUGAAAGAAUACAGUGAUUCUGAAUCCAUUAUGUUAGCCCUGAAAUGUGUUGUGUAUGAUUCAGUGUCUCAGUCCGAGUUUGAAGAACAGUGGAAUAUAAUGAUUGAGAAUUACAAGUUACAUAAUGAUGAUUUUUUAACUGGGUUAUAUAAUGAGAGAUGCCGUUGGGUGCCAGUUUUUGUGAAAGAGAACUUUUGGGGUGGAAUUUCUCCUAUUUAUCGAAACGAGAGUAUGCGUUCAUUCUUCGAUGAUCACGUCAAAUCUAAGACUUCCUUUAAACAGUUCGUGAAAAGGUAUGAAGAUGCAUUGAGAAGUAAUGUCGAAAAGGAAAUUCAUGAGGAUUUUAAGUGUUUUUCUUCAAGUGUCAACUGUGUAACACACUAUGACAUGGAGAAACAAGCUCAAGCAGUUUAUACAAUUUCAAAAUUUAAGGAGUUCCAGAAUGAAUUAACGGGUAAAAUGUACUGCGACUUGGCAACUUUUGAAGUCGAUGGUACGAGUUUAGAGUAUCGAAUAUCUGAGGAUAUAAUGAUUGGCGAGAAGAAAAAAAGUGUAACUUUCAAGGUAAGAUUCCAGGAACAUGACAAUGAAAUUGUGUGCAGUUGUUCUAAGUUUGAGUUCACGGGAAUAUUAUGCAGACAUGCGAUUUAUGUCUUUAUUCGUCACAAGGUCCACUUAUUUCCCAAUAAAUACAUCAUGCAGAGAUGGAGGAAAGAUGUGAAGAGAUGUCACACAAAGGUAAAACUAAAAUACAGUGAUUGGGAUACGACUCCUGAAGCUCAACGAUGUGAUAAGAUGGAAAAGAGCUUUAAUGAGAUAAAGGAAAUGGCAAAUGAUUCUGAAGAUAAGUGUGUGAUUGUGAUGUCUUGGAUGAAUAAGCUAAAGGAAGAACUAAUAAACCAUGACUAUAAAAGUAUUCGGGUAACUCCAAAACUGCCCAUUCCAAGGAUCUUAGGCAAUAAUGUUAAGAGCAUCCCAAAAGAGGGUCAGAGUAUGCUCUCCCCAAACUACUUGUAUGGAUCGAAUGGGACUGGAAAUGUAGCUCUCCCGAUCCCUAUUAUAUACGACAAUCGUUUUCAGGGCCAUCACCAUCAAGCUUGGAAUGGGGUUUAUAGUAUGUUCAGUUUGCCUAGUUCUAAUUUGCAAGGACUUGGUAACCAAAAGCCUGAUUGAGACACUGGAUCAGUGGUUAGUGGACUCUCAUUUUCUUUUGUGUGUACUUAGGACCACUGUAAGAAUAUACCAACUUAUGUUAAUACACAUCAUAUAACAAAUUUGAACUGAUGCUGUACUUUCGCUAAGUAUGUAGGAAUGCAAAUAUUCAGCAUUCAUGUUAACAUCAUGCUUGAUUAGUUUUUCUAAGUCGUUACCUACAUGUGUUGAAAAGAUGUCUUUCUUCAUGGACCCAUGGGUCCCUUUGUUAAUUGUAAUGACCUACCUCCUCCUUUUCUUUUCAUUGUUGGAUUCAAUGGAUAAAUUCCACUGGAUCACAUAUAUCUGUAGAUCUCUGUUACUUAUUGCACAUUGUCCACUCCCCAUUGAAUUCAUCAUGGUAGAUGGGGAAGUUCAUUGAAUGGGUAAUGAUAUGAUACAAGUUAUACAACACUUGCUUCUCACCUGCAAAACUUUUAUAGUUCAAUAAGCAGCUGUUGUGUAGGAAGGCUUUCGGGCUGGAAUAUCUCAUAUACAAAGAAGCAAGAUUCUGCAUUUAUACUUUGAUGAUCAUGUGCAGUCUAAACAAACCUGAAGGAAUUGGUGAAAAUUACGAAACUGCAUCAUAAUGUAAUGUACAAAAGAAAAAGCUUGAAGGCAUUUGGUGUUUCUCUUCACUGGUAGAUUGUUUGACACAUUAAAACAUUUAAAACAGGAUGAAGAAGUUUACACUACGUCAAACCUUGAAGUAAAUGUACUGUGACUUGGUUAAGACUAGUACAUCAUGAGAAGAUGGAGGAAGGAUGAGAAGAGAACCCGCACGAAGGUUAAAGUCAGCGUUGAUUGGAUACCACUCUUGAAGCAAAUAGACGUGAUAGGUCAUAGAAUGCAGAAGACAUUUGAUGAGAUUAAGAAACCGCCAUAUAGUAUUUUCCCAUUCAUCCUGUAACACGGAUUUGUGCUUGCUUAGAGUGUGAGACUUGUGUUAUGGUAGGAACAGGUUUGUCUUCCAUCCGACCCUAAGAGCUCAGGGUAGGUCGAUCAAGAUUCAUACUGCUGACUUCCUCUCUUCCCAGAUCAAGUACUAAAUGGCCUUCGCUUCAGCAACUUUGUCAACUAACAGCUUCACAAUCUACAGGAACAUUAGCUUUACCUUCUUCCAUAACCGUGGCACAAAACUCUUGAUUUGAUCUAAACGAUGAUCAAAAGAAAAGAAAGGAGAUUUCAAUUGGCUCGGACAAGUUGACGAAGAUGCUUGUGAACGUCUCAUAAUUUGAUUCAGUUGCUGCGUCACGGCUUUGAGUUCAUACGAGUCGUAAGGCGUACUUCCUCCAUUCGAAGGACUUGGUUUCAAAAUUGGGGUAGUACUCUUGGCUUGAAAAUUUAGAUAGUAAGAUGUUGGAGUCAUGACUAGUUGUUUCUCCUGUUGAAAUACUCAUGUUGAAUCUCUGAAUUCUAGGAAUCGAAGUCUUUUCCAUGGUGGAUUUGAUCCGUCGAAGCAGCAUCACAGAUAAAUAGGAUUCAGCACAUACCUCUUUGUAUUCAUGAAACCUUUUUUAGCAAGUAACGCAACUGAGUUGAUAAUUUUCUAUGUAAAGAACAAGAAAUAACUUGGUAUUCUACGUCUCUUAACACAUGGAGGCAUGUGUUGUAUUAAAAAUCUCUCAAGCUUCUUUGUUUGUCAGUUGAGUCGUGAAGAAAUGGAGUGUAAGACUGAAUUGUACUAGUUGUAUAUACUAGGACACUGAGACAGGGGUGGCCCAUAUAUCUUUGUCCGUAUGUACCCUGUACCAACUGACAUUCGUGGGAAUGCACCUAACAACCGAAACAAGGCAUGUGAUUAUUCAAUGUCCAUGGAAAAGGGAUUUUCGUCGGUGGCUCUGAAGUACUAGUUCAUGAAGAUCUGUGGAAACCUUGGGGUGUUCUUGAAAGAUUUCGAUUUGAUGUUCUAUCAGGAGCAAGCAAGCAAAUGACUCGUCGAAACUACUCUACCAACUAAAGUUCGCAUCAUCGACAAUCAUGAUCAUUUUCAUUUUAUUUUUAUAAUUUUGCUGGAUUUUAAAGCAUUAACACGCUGCCCUUAUACUAAAUUGUUCUCGUAUUCUAAAUUA